CUGCAUUGGUUUCUCUGUAACUCAGCGACGAAAAGUGUGGCGGGGAAGGCGUCCGAGCAGGGCAACUACGUUUUCUGUCCCGUAUCCAGGCGCUGGAGGCGGAUCCCGGCCGUGGACUGCCCCGAGCGCGGCUCCAGCGCUUCGGGCCGGCUGCGCUGCGGGGCAGCGGCGGCUGCUGCCGUUGAAGGGGCCCGCCCGCCACUCUUAUCGCCCGCGGGGCUGCAGGGCGUGUGUGGCGCAGAUACACCGCGGAGCCGCGGAGCGCCCCUUCACCCGCUUGCCCCACCGGCGGGCCCAGCACCGUUACAGAAGCUGCUCCGGGACCCCCGGGCUUGGGUCUCCUCCGGGGCCCGCCUGCGCCGCUCGGCGGGGGAGGAGCCGCCGCUGAGCCGGCUCGUUCCCCGCCGCCCGAGCAGCGCGGAGCGGGGGAGGCGGCGCGGCCGCCCGCGCCUCAAGUUGGCGGAGCGCCGGCGGGGGACGGGCAGAGCCCUCCCGCCCACGAGGAACGCGCGCACUCACCCGCCGAGCCUCCGGCGACGACUUGCUAAUCCAAAAGUAAAUGAGGAACUUAGGAAAAGAUUGCCAACUUCAAAUCAACACAGUUACACAGAAUUGAAGAAGAAGCAUACAGCUUCAUUUGAGGGAUUCUUUUAAGGGACUCAGUGUUCUGCGAUAUGAGCUCUGAAACCUUCAAGCAAAAACUGGACUCAGUGCCAGAUCAAACAAGUUCAGAGGAACAAAUGGAGAACUGGUCAAAAGAAACAUACAUCUUGGAUCAGAAAAAAGAAGACUUUUGUGCUGAACUUCAAUUUUAUAAGAAUUCCCAAAAACACACAGAAUUUUUGAUCCAGGCAGAAACCGAAGCACCGAAACUUUCAGAUUUGCGAGUAACCAGUCAAAGAGGAGGAUUCCUAACUGACUGUAAUUCUGGCUCAGAAGAAUCAAGCAGUGUAGAAAGAAAGGAUAACAGGAUGCUCCCUGAAUUUAUAUCCUCAUGGAAUAAUGCUGAAGAUUUAGGUGGAAGAACAGAAACUGCAUUCCUUUUAAAAGAAUUGGACACUCUGAGGGCCAAAAAUAAAAAGCUUCAAGAUAAGCUGGCUGAAAAGGACAAGGAGCUGAAGACAAUGAAACUGGACUUAGAAUUGCAAGAUAGAGCUACAGAAGCUAAGAUUGCAGAAAGGAUUGCAGCUCUGGUGGAAGAAGUUUAUUCUGCUCAACGGGAACGUGAUGAGGCUGUCAUGGCAAGGCUUAGGUUAGCCAAUGAAGAGAGAGAUGAGGCAUUUCUGCGAGUCCAGCGUUUAGAAGAGUCUCUCAAAGAGCUAGAAAAUAUUAACCCUGAAGAAAAUGACAUGACAUUACAGGAAUUACUGAACAGAAUAAACAAUGCAGACACUGGGAUAGAUAUACUGAAGAAUGGAGCUAUAAUUCUGAACCGAAUACACAGGACCAAAGAACGUAAAAAGAAAAUAAUAGCUGAGGAAAUGAAUGCAGUAAUAGAGCAACGGGAUGCUGCUUUAUCUCAAUGCAAACGGCUGGAGCAGGAGCUUCAUCAUCUGAAAGAGCAGAACCAGACUUCAGCAAACAACACGAGACAUAUGACUGCUGAAAACAAUCAAGAACGUGCUCUGAAGGCAGAACUGAUAACUUUGCAACAAGUAAAGGAAGCUGCUCUUCAACAGUGCAAAAAACUAGAGGAAGAAGUCCAAACAUUGCGUGUUUAUUACAGGUUAUACAAGUCUUUGUCUGAAGGAUUGAGUCUGAAGAACCAGCCUAACUGUGCUUUCAGUACUUCUGAAGGUGAACUGCAGGGAAGGGAGGAUGUUGUGACCCUAACCUACGGCCAGAUUGAAGAACUGGCAGCUCAGCUGCAGCAAACUCGAUCAGAACAAAAGGACACCGAGCUGAAGCUCCAGAAAGCCCUGGAAGCUUCACAGGAGGCCAAUGAAAAAGUUCAAAAGUUGGAAAGGCUGGUGGACGUCCUGAGGAAGAAGGUUGGAGCAGGGACCAUUAGGACCGUGAUCUGAUUGAAAGCUCUAGUCUAAGGAAGCUUUCACAUCUGGUGACCAGGCUGCUUCAUUCAGCACUGUGUAAACACUGAAGCCUUAACUUAGCAAACAGUUGUUAGAAGUGGGACACUCCAGCGACAUUCCAAGCUGAGAUAAAAUCAAAUCAUAAAUGUUUAACUACUUUGCUGCUGAGUUCUGUGAUUUGUUAAAAUGUUUCACUGCAAACAUGUGUUUGUUUUUAACCAAAUGCAUUGUGGCACGGCGUAUUGUGAAAAAUUAUGUAGAUGCUUAUUUUAACAGUCUGUCCUCUCCAUGUUAGACUAUAGUCUGCUGUAAGGCACAGCAUGGUCAUUUUUUUAAAUACUGCGGGCUUCAGGUUCAAAAUGCUGCAAAGCAGUUUCAACAUUUAAGGUCCCUUAUUUUAUUUGUGAGGCUGCAAAUAGUCCAGUAUUUGUAUGUUAAAUAUAUUAGUUGAUAAAGUAGGUUCACGUUCAAGAAAUAUCUCUGGCUGGUAUAUUGGAUAUUUUUUUCCUCCUUACUCAUAGCCCAUUGAAUUGCAGGUAGUAACUGUGGCUACAUCAAAGGGCAGGAUAAAUGUAUACCUUUAUACAACAGUUGAGUAACUUCUGCUAGUACAUGGCAUUUUCAGUGUACAUUAGAAAGAAAUUUACAUUUAGGUUUCACUAGAAGUACAGCUUAAAAAAUUACAAUAUGAAAGCCUUAUGACACUGUACAAUAUCUCAGACAGUGGAGAAAGUUUCCUGUAUUGUUUUUAGUCACUCCUCUGUCCUUUUAAAUGACGGAAAAGCUCUCGGAUUUCAGAAAGCACCUUCUAAAUUAAAAAGUCACCUCUUCAGUGUUUGCCUCUUCUCAUCCCAUUCCUACAAGCCUCUGAUUGCCGUGCAGUGCAGGAGUACCAUCCAGGUUGGGUUUGAGGCUAAACUGUCAAUCCUCAGCUUUUUGUACUCAUGAAGUACCCUAGGACUUAAAGGCUGAAGCAUGGAAUCUGACAGGGAGGGGAGAAACUGAGGGCUGAGGAGGAAUUUGAGGUACACAGACAUUAUAAACUCUAAGAUUCAUUACAGUUGAACUUAGAGUUAUGUUUGUGACCCAGCCAUCUCCCUGUAUGAACAGUCAGGCCAGUACUCGUAUAAUCCUGCUCAAGAAAGCAGCUGUAAUCUCUGAGAACUCCAAACUCAAUAAAGAAUCUCAGCAACCAGCUGGGCUUUAGUGUCUCCUAAGGACCAGCCAACUCAGGCAAGGUGGAUGUAACUCCUGAGGCUUCCACUUGUUCUGCUUUGCUUUAUGUUUAAUGUUGUUACAUGGUCUUGCCUCUUAAUGCUUGCUUGUUGAGAUGUUGUGAUAGUGCCGUCUCUCUGAAGAAAAUGAAAUUUUAGUUUUAGGUGUAGAGAGAGACAUUUUAAUGUCUGUUUUUUCUUUCAAACACUUAAAUGUUAAACCUUCUUCAUCUACAGACCUAAGCCCCUCCUAGUUUCAGUUGACCAAACCUAACCUCUUGCAGGGAGAUAAGUAGCAUCCCUCCAAGCCGCAUUUACCCAAGUCACUUCUAGAAAUUUCUGAAGUGCUCCUUUUUGACCUUUGGUCAAUCCUAAGAUAGCCAGUGAGUCUGGAGCCUCUCCCCCACACCUAUUCAGUGGGAAGAAAUUUUAAUGCUUCCAAACCAGAGGAUUGCCACCCCCCAGAUUCCAGCCCCUUCACCAUCUCCUGUGUGCUGCUGUUCAGC